AUGGGGAACUCUCACUCUCAAUCUCUGACGCGUUUUGCUCCAUCUGUUUUACAUCCUAACAACAACAACAAUAACAAUAACCAUAAGGAAGGUAAAAAUCGCAAAUCUCCCUCUGCCAAAUUUGCCAGUCCUGAGAACCGUGUUUUGCCCAUCGUUUCAAAUGUUCCACAACGACUAAGAAGUACUGACAAUGGAAAUAUUUUACAAAACGGCGGAACAAUCAGUGGCAGAAAAUCCGGUUCGAUUCCUGUGUGCAAGAGUGAACCAGAAUUUGUGCAACUUCUUCAGAAAAAAUGCUCGGCCGUGCCAUCCGCUCCUCAAAACACUUCAUUUCAGACACUUUACGGUCAUAGAAAAUCUCAUAGUGACCCGGACAUUGUGAGAAUGAUGAUGUGUGAGAACGAAAAUGAAUCUGAUGAAGAUGAUGAUACGGAUGGUAGAUGUGAAAUUGAAGGCAGCUCGAAUCAGCGAAGUAUUAUAGCUGUUAGCCCAAGCAAAGCAAAAAUUAAAUCUCGGAAAAAGAAAAGAGCUCCAGAACCACCGCAAUCCAACACUUUGCCAAGAACAUUAGCAAGAGUUCCUGUGUAUUACAAAAAUGAACAUCAUAGAAAUAACCUUCAUGCUCCUUUUCACGACUCCACUGAUGUUGCACCACGCCGACCUUUACCACCGAUUCCACCGGAAGAAAUGCCUCCCCCUCCUCCUCCACCACCUCCCGAUUACAAUAGAAGCCCAGAGAAUCUAGGAGUCUCGAAAAGUAUGAGCAAAAAUUAUGAGAAAAAUCGCAGGACUGUAGAAAAAUGGAAAUUUAGCAAACCAAAUCAGGACGUAAACAUUGAGAAAAAUCAAAGGCAAAGAAGCAAAUCAUUGGAUAGAACAGAAGAGCAGUGGCGGAGAGAGAAUGAGGAAUAUAGAAGGGUAGAGAGGGUAGAGAAGUUCGAGAGAAACAACAGUUUGUGCAAUGCUUAUUCACAGAAUCUGCCUCAAAGUUCUCCAGCGUGUAAAAAAGAACCUCCUAGAGAUGCUGUUCUAAAAGAAGCAAUAGUUGAUGCAGCAAAAAGACGUGCAGAAAGAGUCGGCAGAUCUCGGGAACACAGAAAUCCGUCCUUUAAAACAUCUAUAGAAAAUUCACAGAACUCAAAUGGAAUAAGGUAUCCUAUAGAACAAGGGCGUCAUGAGUCACAUAUUGCGAAUAAUUCAUCUCAGUACAUUCAUAAAAACACAUAUCAGUUAAAACAAAACGAUGCAUUAAUACAACCGAACAUUAAAUAUUCAAGAAACGAAACUAGAAAUGAAGGAAACGAUACAGAAAACAAUUCUUCUUAUAAGUUUACCAGAAACUACCCUAUCCAUAAAAAACUGUCAGAUAACAGAAAUGAUUUCAAAGGUGAAACUUCUAAAAGAAAUGAGGAGAAUAUUCAUCGAGAAAACAAAAUAAACAGCCGUGGGCAUUUGGAUAUAUUACCCUCAGUUCCAGUAAUUCGGCAAAGCAAGUGGGAUUCAAUUGUUCCUGAGCCAAUUCCACGAAUGCGACCUGAUGGUACGCCAUCGAGUUCCUCAACAUCAGAAGAAGAAAUGGAGAUAGAUUUACAGCUACGGCCUACUCUUCCUAGAAGACCAAUUGAACUUCCACGCUUUUCUCCAACAGACGUAUGGAAAUCUAUUAAUUUAGAUUUCUUUAAGUCUCAUCAACAACGCUCUGAUGUUAGUAGUGAUGAUGGUGAUGAUAUAAUGGAGGAAAAAAUUCAUCGUAUUAAUAGACCUGUUGCACCGCGUCGACUAAUCCACGAUCGUAGCGGAGAUUCUGGAAUUUCACCAGAUGCAGGAAGUCCUAUGCUUCUAAAUGAGAACUUUGAUGUCCUUACUUCCAAUCACAACAUUUCGUGCAACACAACUAACUCGCCUGUAUUACGCGAAGAAAGUACUGCUGCUUGGGUUCCGCAACAUGAUUUAGUUGAUGAUAGUGAAUGUGGAAGUGACGACUCACCUGUAGAAAACAAACAGUCAGAAAACAAUACCCAAGCUAAACUUUCUAUGCCAAAUUUAAUGUUCCCAUCACGUUCGCUUCCUAGGACUGACCAAAGAGCUGGGGCAGAUGAUCCGAUCAUUUCUGAUAAAGACCGAACCCGCAGUAGAGGGAGGAGGAAAAAAAGUUAUAAAAGCGCAGAAGGACAGCAUUUCAACAGUUUGAGAAAUUUAAAAAAAGCUUUAGGUUUACGAACAAAGCAGCCUCCUGUUGUCGACGAUACGAAAGGAUUAGACCCUAAUUGGUCCCUUAGUCGAAGUCUUCCUAAUUUUAACAACAUUGCUGAUGAAAAUGCAGUUACUACUUUAAACAGUACAGCAGAAGUAUCUUUAUUAGACCAAGUGCGAAGGAGUAACUCUGAGUCGAGAGCAAUGAAUCAAGAUCAUUUAGGAAAUAAACUAAUUGGCUCUCGCAGCUCUCAAAAUGUAAAUUCAGAAUGGAGGAAAUCAUUUCCUGGCCAGUCAUCGGAUGGACAUGUAAUAUAUCUUCCUGAAUACAGUUCCAGAGCACUGCCAUGCCAACAUGCGUUCCCUGAUGAUCUUCAUGUAACUACUGAUAGUGAACUUAUGAUGCGAAAACCAGGAAGUCGGAAGAAGUUUUCAUAUCAAAGUACUGUACGACAAGAAGAAAAAAAGAAACUUGAAGAAAAACUCGCUAGAGAAGUUGAAGAACGAGAGAGAAAGAGACAGGAAGAAAUAGAAUGGAUGAACAAAGUAGAAGAUGAAUUUCGGAAACAACGGGACAAGGAAAAAGUCAACAUAAGGCAUCAAUUGCGGAUUUUAAAUUUGCAAGAAAAGUCUGUUAAUAACGAACCGUAUCAGAAAGAUAUUUUUAAGUCCAAUGAGUACAUGGAUAGUAAUACUAAAAUUCAAAAUCAUGAUCAAAGAUCUUAUGCAAUUUCUUCUGAUGAAAAAACAUCACCUCUAUUAAGGAACGGUCAUGACAAUAGUGAUGUUGCCUAUAAUUGGAAGCCACCAACUGGUAUGAAAAAGUGGCUAAGGAGACAGAAUCGAGACUAUCAGUGCUUGAGCCCGAUCAGACCAGAACCUGAAGGGGGGAGAUCGUCCAGUGAUGAUUGUAAACAAAUGGAUGGAAGAAAAGAUAGCUCCGAACGGAAACAAAUGCGAAAUUCUAGCUACCAAAAAAUUGAAAGGCCAAAGUGCAGUCAUGGAAAUGUUGCCCCAUGCAAUAUUUGCAACAACUUUAUAAACAAAUCUAGCAUUCCUAGAAAUGAUAAUCCGAAAAUAUCACUUUCGUUAGAUCCUAGACCGUCUACUCUUGCUUCGUCACCAGAAGCAGAGAAGGUGGAUAAAAAGAGAAGUAUGAAAGAGCAGCAGCGGCCAAAGCCUCCAUCACCGGCGGAGAAUGGGAUAAAUGGCAGAAAUGGAAAUCAUUCCCCAGAAUCAAAUGACGGUCAUUUUAUCAGUGAAUCUGUUGAAGAAUACGAACUUCACACGAGAUUAUGUAGAACCAACAGUGGCCGGACUUUUGAAUCACAUUCAUAUUACGCACUGGAAAGAAGGAAAGAUGACGCGCCAGAUUACGAAUGUUUGAGAAAACCACCCGCGGAAAACAACAAGCAAACCAAUUACUUUUCCACUCGAAAUUUCGAAAACGAACUUACAGAAAAUGUUCGCAAAAAGGCAAGGGAGUUUGAGAAAAGAACGAGGAAGUAUCAGCCCUGCGAUUAUGACAGUGAUGAGAGCAUUAAUGACGGAAGAGAUAUUCGUCCUCAAAGAUAUAAUGCAAGGAAUCAAAAGAAGAAAGCUUCUGUGGAGUCUAGAGAACCUUCAUUUUCUAGAAACCACCCUCAUCGAAAUGGCGCGAGAUUGAAGCCACAAGUUAAUGGCUACGUGGCAAAUGGCAGGACGGCAGCGUAUCCAAAGAAUUCUAAUAAUCGCAUCAUUUUACCGCAUCAGAGAAUAACUAACGGUGUUAUUGCUUGAGAAACAACGAACAUCAAAAAGAAGACAAAAUAAAUGUAACACGCUGGGAAAUGAUGACAUUAUUGUGUGCUUCGCAAGAAGAAAUGGAUGAUGCAAUGUGGUUUUAAGCUGCUAAAGUAUGAUUUCCAAAGCACUAAAUCUGCGGUGGUGGAAAUCAAUGAAAACCCAUCCAGUGUUUUCAUUCAUGGUGCAUUUUUGAAACAAUUAGGAAAUAUUAGGUUUCAUUUUGUACUUAAACACAAAUGUAUUCUUCACUGAAAUUUCCAAUCACUGCCAAACGAUCCCUCUACAUAAUACUAAUCCAGAAAAGAGUGAGAUUCAUUGUAUGAGAUUAAUAUAUUGCUUUAUAUAUGUACAGAUUGUAUAACUUUCUGUUUCUAGGCUUUUGAGGAAAAAAUGUGCAAUUUAAAGCUUGCUUGUUUGUGUAAAGUAUUGGAGCAAAAUAAAUUAAUAUAUACAUCA